CAUAUUGAAAGUCUAACGUUCAAAUAUGAUGAUGCAAAAAAUAAAAAAAUUAGCAAUUUGAUCAAGAACUCUUUGUCAACAGAAGGAGCAGAGAGGGCUGAAACAGCUCAGUUGAAAAGGGUCUAUGACCUGGUAGAUUAUGUAAGAAAAGAAAUAGAAAAAGAACAGAUCGAUCUUGAAAAAUUUCUUAACAUUAUUCGGCCUUUGAAGCUUACCUUAAAUUAUCUAAAAGAAGUAGAAAUUGAAGACUUUAAAAUUCUUGCCAAUUUAGUAUUGGAAAAAUUAAAGAAUCAACCUAAUUAA